GGCCGCCCCCAUGUUGCGUUUUCCGACCUGUUUUCCGUCCUUCCGGGUGGUGGGAGAGAAGCAGCUGCCGCAGGAGAUCAUUUUCCUGGUCUGGUCACCCAAGCGGGAUCUCAUCGCUUUGGCCAACACGGCCGGCGAGGUUUUACUUCACCGACUUGCAAGUUUUCAUCGAGUUUGGAGUUUUCCACCAAAUGAAAAUACAGGAAAGGAAGUGACCUGUCUGGCUUGGAGACCAGAUGGCAAACUUUUGGCCUUUGCUCUUGCGGACACCAAGAAAAUCGUUUUGUGCGAUGUAGAGAAACCUGAAAGCUUGCACUCCUUCUCUGUGGAGGCCCCAGUGUCUUGUAUGCAUUGGAUGGAAGUGACUGCAGAAAGCAGUGUUCUAACAUCCUUUUAUAAUGCUGAGGAUGAAUCAAAUCUUCUCUUACCUAAACUACCUACCCUGCCGAAAAAUUACAGCAACACCUCAAAAAUUUUUAGUGAAGAAAAUUCUGAUGAAAUUAUUAAGCUUUUGGGAGACGUCAGGCUUAAUAUUCUUGUCCUCGGAGGAAGCUCUGGAUUUAUCGAGCUUUAUGCGUAUGGAAUGUUCAAAAUUGCUCGAGUCACGGGGAUCGUUGGUACUUGUCUUGCAUUGUGUUUAUCCAGUGAUUUGAAAUCAUUGUCAGUGGUCACAGAGGUUUCUGCUGGCAGUGCUUCGGAGGUCUCAUACUUCCAGCUUGAAACCAAUCUAUUGUACUCUUUCUUACCUGAAGUAACUCGGAUGGCUAGAAAGUUUACUCACAUUUCAGCCCUUUUACAGUAUAUAAAUUUGUCACUAACGUGUAUGUGUGAAGCCUGGGAAGAAAUACUGAUGCAGAUGGAUUCUCGUCUCACCAAGUUCGUACAGGAGAAGAGCACAACCACUUCUGUGCAAGAUGAAUUCAUGCACUUGCUGUUAUGGGGGAAAGCAAGUGGCUCCGAGUCUUUAUUGUACCAUUUGAGUGAACUGAAAGGAAUGGCUUCGUGGAAGCAAAAAUAUGAACCUCUUGGACUAGAUGCUGCAGGAAUUGAAGAUGCUAUUACCGCUGUGGGUUCUUUCAUACUCAAGGCAAAUGAACUUCUUCAAGUUAUAGAUAGUAGUAUGAAAAACUUCAAAGCGUUUUUUCGCUGGCUUUAUGUGGCAAUGUUGAGAAUGACGGAGGACCAUGUGCUUCCGGAGCUGAAUAAGAUGACUCAAAAAGAUAUCACAUUUGUUGCCGAAUUUCUUACUGAACACUUCAAUGAGGCUCCAGACCUUUAUAACCGAAAAGGAAAAUACUUUAAUGUUGAAAAAGUUGGUCAG